UUAAGUUCAAAUAAGUUCCGAUAUAAAUCUCAUAAUUUUUGCAAUAUGCAUUAUCCAAAAAACACACCAUCUUCACACAUAGUAGUAAUUACCAUAGAAUUAGAGAGAAAAUAGAGUAUAUACCGAAAGCAAUAUCCUCUGACCCGAAUCCCAAGACACUUUUUUCCACCAUUUUGUAGCAAAUCUCACCAUAAAAACACACACCCCAGGUAUAUUCAAAAGGCAAGAAAAAACAUUUUGCAUUACAAUAUUGUAUAAUCCCCAAAAGUGGUAUCAACAAUCAUAAAUCAACGGCAAAAAGAUAAUGUCACUCACAAAUUCUUACCCUUUUUUCACCCCUUUUCAAACACACAUACAUACACACUGUUUUUUUUCCUGUUUAUCCGGCCCUUUCUACUCAAUCAUUCUUCUCUUUCUUCAUUUUCUACCAUUUUUUCAACUCUCCCUUCUUCUUCUUUCUCUCUCCUCACUCAUUUCAACACUAUCUUACCCUAAUUCUCUUCCCAAAAAAAAGAGGAAAGAAAAACAGAGAAGAUUUUAGCUUGUAAUUAAUUGAAAUUACAUUAGAUGGAAGAAGAUGCAAGAAAUUUCACAAAACCCCAUUUUGUUCAACAACAUUACAAUGCUGAAUUUCAAUUAAAUCCCAGUUAUAAAGGUAAAUCUUGCUCACAUUUCUUCCUGAAGUUUCUGUUCAUUGCUCUGUUACUUUCUUUAGUUCCUCUGUUUCCUUCUGAUCCUCCUGAGUUUAUUAGCCAUACUGUUUUUGCUAAAUCUUGGGAGCUCAUUCAUCUUCUCAUUAUUGGUAUUGCAUUGUCUUAUGGCUUAUUUUGUCGUCGAAAACCGGCGCAAAUUCCUCCUAAAACCCAGAUUACUCAACCAUUUGCUCCUAAUAUACUUCACCAUUCUUCAAUUUUUGACUAUGAGGAAGGUAACCCAUCUGGGGUUUUUGAUAAAAAUGUAAUCCCAACUCAAAGUUUUAAUCUUUCACACUAUAAGGCAGAACCGUUAGCGGAUUCAAGGAGAGAGAAUAUAAAGUUUUUUGAUGAGAGGCCAUUGGGUUUGCCAGUUAGAAGUUUAAGGUCAAGAGUUGUGGAUAGUGACAGUGAAGAAGAAGAGUGUGCUAGUGAAAGUGAUUCUGUUCUGAGUGGUAAUAGCUCUAGUUAUAGUGUAUCAAAAAGUGAGAAAAAUAAGAGUUUGGAGGGAAAUGUGGGAAUCGUCAGACCGUCUGAUACAAGACCUACUGUUAUGGGUAAAUCGCGGUCCAUGAGGGCGGAUUUUUCCAACGAAGAGAGUGGUAGUCUUAAAGCCAAGCAGUUAAAAGCUGAGUCUUUUAGGUCAGCAGCACCAGAAGCAUCAUCAUGUCAGAAAUUUACUGGAUUCUGUUCUUGGUUGCCGGAGUCCCCUAAUAUGGGAGGUGAGAAUACAUGGAGGGGAAAUCAGUUUUACAUGCCCUUUUCAAAUUAUAAUCAAGUUAAUGAUUUUAAUUUGGUGGGUGUAUCACCAAAUUUAGAAAAUUCUACCAAUUUUUUCAUGCCCUCAGCUGCUGCUGUCCCCCCAUCAGUGCCAUUUUCUGCUAGUGAUUUUGCAUCAGGCUACAGAAAAUACAAUCAUGAAAAUCAGCAUUGGGUUAAUCCAAACUUUGAGAGCGGAAGUAUUGGUGAGGAAAAUGCUGGGUUUUUCAUGCCUUCGCCAGCAGUUUGUUCUCCAAUAUCAAUUCCUGGUAGUGAUUUAGCUUCAAUGUAUGGAAGAUACAAUCAUGAGCCUGAAAAUUGGAGCAGAGCACCAAUCUUGCAAAAUGGAACUUCCGGUGGUGGGGGAAACACCAAUAAUUUCAUGCCAUCGGCUGCAUUUCCAUCAAUGCCUGCUUAUGAUGAUGCUUUUGCUUCACCAUUUAAAACAUCAAAGAUAGCAGAUUUCAAUCAUGGGCCACCCCUCAAGAAAAUGGAUGAGAUAAGAUAUGAAAACAACAGUGUGGUUAUGGGUGGGGAAAACACCAACAUUUUCGAGCCUUCUGUUGCAUAUUCGACUUCAAUGACUGCUUCUGCUGCUGAUUUUCUUAAUCAUGGGCCUUCUUUCAAGAAAAAGGAUGAGACAAGGUCAGAAAACAUCAAUGUGGUUUUCGGUAGGGAAAACACAGACAUUUUCGAGCCUUCAGCUGCAUUUUCGCCUUCAAUGCCGGCUUCUGCUGCUAAUUUUGCAUCAUCAAAGAAUGCAAGCUUUAAUCAUGGGUCUUCUUUCAAGAAAAAGGAUGAUACAAUGUCAGAAAACAACAAUGUGGAUUUGGGUGGGCAAAACACCAACAUUGUCAAGCCUUCAGCAGCAUUUUUGCCUUCAAUGCCUGCUUUUGCUGCUGAUUUUGCAUCAUCAAAGAGUGCAAACUUUAAUCACGGGUCUUCUUUCAAGAAAAAGGAUGAGAUCAGAACAGAAAACAACAAUGUGGUUUUGGGUGGGGAAAAAACCAACAUUUUUGAGCCAUCAGCUGCAUUUUUGCCUUCAUUGCUUGCUUCUGCUGCUGAUUCUGCAUCAUCUAAAAAUGCAAAAUUUAAUCAUGGGUCUUCUUUCAAGAAAAAGGAUGAAAUAAGGACAGAAAACGACAAUGCGGCUUUGGGUGGGGAAAGUGCCAGCAUUUUUACGGCUUCAUCUGUAUUUUCGCCUUCAAUGCCCAAUUCAGCAGAUGGCUUUCCUCCUUCAGUGAAAGCAACAAACAGUGCAAAAUUCAAUCAUGGGUCUUCAGACUCUUCACUCAAGAAUUGGGAGGAGAAGAGAACAGAAAAUAACAAAGUGGCUGUGGGAAGUGUUCAGGAAGGGAAUAAUUCUUAUACCUCUCAUUGUGAUGUUCCACUUUCAGGUGGUAAAUUCACAAAGCCAGAGACUGUAAAUUUGGGUAGUGAAAAACCGAACUUUUUCAUGAAGACAUCAGAAGUGCUGCCUUCAGGACCAUCCCCUGGUAAUGAGUUUGCCUCAUCGGUUAAAGCAUCAAAGGAUGCCAAGUUCAACCAUGAGGCUUCAGUUAAAAAGGAAGAGGAGAUAUCAGAAACGGAUAGCGUAGGAAGUACUGAUAAGGAAAAAGAUUCUCAUACCCCUAACUUUGGUGAUCCAAUUUCUUCCCCGACAAGGGUUGAUGUUUCUCCAAAGAAGAAUAAGCAAAAAACCAUUCCCGAGAGGUGGGACAGUGAUUGUUUUGAGAUACCAUCAUCAGAAAUAAAUGAUAUGCAGGACUAUUUGCGAAAGAGUCUCUCUGCCUCACUCGCGGUUUCUUCAGAAUCAGAAGCAUUGUCUUCAGCAGGAUCAUGUAGUCGAAUGUCUUGUCAAGAUGAGCAAGAAUUACAGCAGAAUGAAGUGGAAGAAAAUAUCCCAUGGAGUGCACCAAGGAGCAAUUCAGAGAUAGAAAACGUUGUAGAAAAUGUUCUUGGAGAGAACAAUCCUUACAAGCCUUCCACACUUUCUCCACCACUACAAGUUCAAACACAAAGAAUCGAUCAAGUAGCAUCAUCUGUUGAACCGAGCUCUAGAGCCCUUGUAAAUCGAUCAUUUCUUAGCAAGGAUGAUCAUGAUCAAAGAUCACCUCCGACACCUGAGAGAAGUAAAACACUAUCGAGGGCCUCCCAUUCACGAAGGUUUAGUUGUGGCUCCUUCUUUGAUAGGGAUUUAAGGAAGAGCUUCAAGGGUGAGGCAAAGGAAGCGAGCAAGAAAACUGAGGAAGAGCAUCAGUUUGCAAGAGGAGGCAAGUGUGGUUGGGAUUGCUUAAAUGUUAAACCAGCUAUGAAUAAGGCAUCUUUGAAGGGAAAAUCUGUAAGAACAGUUAGGCCAAAAGCAAUUACUCAAGAUCUGCAAAAGACUGAUCUCAUUGAACUGAGACUCGAAGAGAAUAAUGAAGGACUGUCAGUGAAGAAUGCAGGAGAUAGAAAAGGAAAGAAGUCGGAAAUGAUGGUCAUACAAAUUGGAAUUAGUGAAAAGAAAUCGAAUUCUAAUGGUCAAAAGGGGGAAAAGCUUCAAGGAAAUGGUGGAACCUCUAUAGUUGUGGGACUGAACUCAAAUGGUAAGGCUGCUGUUCUUAAUGAUAGAGUUAAGGACGAGGAAAAUGACAGCGAAAUUGAUAGGAAGGCCGACGAGUUCAUUGCCAAGUUUAAGCAGCAAAUUAGACAACAAAAAGUUGCUCCAAGGGGUGUCUCAAGCAGACAACAUAAAAAAUCUUUGUAUCAAACUUAAAGUUUGAUUAAAUCCCUUUUCAUUUCUAUGUUUUUGCACUCUUCUUGCACUAUACUGAUCAGAUCACAUGUGAAAAAUAUGUAUUAUUGUUACAUUUCACUAUGUAACUUCAUUAUAUGGCAGCUACGAAGUAAUUCCUUUGAUG